AUGGGCGUUGCUUGGGUUUUCGAAACUGACAAAAGUGCUGUUAGCAUUGAACGUGCAAUUGAAGGAGAAGGUGGUGUUAAAGGUGGCAUUUUCACGGUUGAUUCUACACCAUUUAAACCAAGUGAUAACGUUCAAGGAGCUAUCAAUCAUGUAUUUAUCUUGCAUCAUUCACGUUUCCCGCAAAGUACUUUCACAAUAGCACCAAAUGAAAAGCAAAAACAUUGUCCGCGAGCAAUAUCCGAUCGUGGAUUUGAUUGUAUUUUAGCAAAGCUUAGUUCCGGAUUGGUACAAGAUACUGCGGGAAAAUUUGAAGUUUCUGGACAUGAAUAUACAUUGCAAGAUUUUAUUAUUCGAACCGGGAAUGCCUCGAUGGGUGUAAUUAGCAAAGGUGUUAUUGUUGAAGUUGAAUAUGCACCAUCUUGCGUAGCAUCACAGUGUGGUAACUUUUUGCAAGAAUUUGUAGCAGUUUUUUUUCCGGAUCAUGUUGCUGAUAAACCGGCGGUUUUGCAAAAAGCACAACCGGAACCAUAUAGUGCCCUUGAUACCAUGCAUCAGUAUUUGGAUAUUUUUCAAAAUAUGCGAAAAAAAACAUAA